CGGGCCCCCUUGGCUUCGAGUCAAGCCAGACUGGCUAUAAAUAUGCCGGUUGCCCCCAGGUAAGUCUCACACACCAUCCACCCAUCUAUCUAUCCCUCCUGCGAUCCAUCCAUCACCAUGUUCAAGUUGAUCUUCCUGACUUUACUUUUGGGCUAUGCCCGCGGCUGUGGCCAACCCACAUAUUUGCCGAACGUCUCCCGGGUUGUCGGCGGUGAAGAUGCCAGACCCCACAGCUGGCCUUGGCAGAUCUCCCUGCAGUACCAGAGUGGGAACAGGUGGGCCCAUACCUGUGGUGGAUCCCUCAUUGCUCCAAACUGGGUUUUGACUGCUGCCCAUUGCAUCAGCUCCAGACUGACGUACCGCGUUGUUCUGGGCAAGCAGAACCUCGACGAGGAAGAGGCCGGCUCUGUGGCUGUCGCCGUGGAGAAGACCAUCGUCCACGAGAAGUGGAACUCCAUCUUGAUCAUCAAUGACAUUGCCCUGGUCAAGCUGGCGGAGGCGGUCCCGUUCAGUGAGACCAUCCAGCCCGCCUGCCUCCCGCCCGCGGCCAGCAUCCUCCCACAGGACUACCCCUGCUACGUCACCGGGUGGGGUCGGCUCUUCACCAACGGGCCCCUGGCGGACACCCUGCAACAGGCGCUGCUCCCGGUGGUGGAUUACAGCACGUGCUCCAAGUGGAACUACUGGGGCUCCUCCGUGAAGGAGACCAUGGUCUGUGCGGGAGGAGAUGGCGUCAAGUCCGGAUGCAACGGAGAUUCUGGUGGCCCCCUCAACUGCCAGAGUGGGAACCUGUGGGAGGUCCACGGCAUCGUCAGCUUCGGCUCAGGACUGAGCUGCAACCUCAAGAACAAGCCCACCGUGUUCACGCGCGUCUCUGCCUACAUCGAUUGGAUCACAGAGAAAAUGAACGAGUGAGAAGCCCGCCUUGGGAUUCAGUGCAUCAACCCGGCAGAAGCUUAAUAAACUUUUCAUCAGAAUCA